UAUUCUUUUCGUCGCUGAGCUUACUUGUAGCUGGUGCUUUCAAAUCUCACUCGAUCAAGUGGUUACAAUUAAUAUGAACCGUUGGGUGCUGUUUUUUAUGUGAAAUUAGAACCCUGUCUGAAUUUCGUUUUCUUGAACUUCAAUUAUUAGAUGAUUUAAGACUUUUCACCUUUUUUUUUUGUUUGACAGUGUCUUCUGUCAGCUCUGCACUGAUUUUAGAAGUUACUGACAUUCAGAGAAUAGUAACUUAUUUGAUUUUCUUGCGAAUGAUAUUUAUAGUGGUAACUGGUUAGGCUUGGUAUUAAUGAAUAAACCGUUUAUCAGUGAUGCUUAGGUUGAAGAGUGUUUAUACCUGGUAUGUCAAUUUUCUCCUACCCUCUCCGGAUGGAUGAUUUAUUUCCUGUAAAUAUUAAUAAUUGAACUUCACGCAAGUUGGUUUGGUUGGUAGAUCUGCGAUAAUGUUGUUGGUUGUUAUUUACAUUGCUGGAUAACAACGUUUGGAAAUUGGAACAGACCUUUGGGUGUUUCGGGUGAAAUUUGGGUAUGUACAUGGGAUAUGGAGCAUUUCUUGCCUUCUUGAUUGAUUUAAUAGGUUUUGGAUGGAGUAAAAGAAGAGUGUUGUGGCAAUGUGUUUUAUAUGCAAACAACUUUCUUGCUUUCCGAUUCUGAACGUUUGGAUUUUCCGUUGGAUUUGCUUACCUUGUUAGAGUUGAUUUGGUAUAAGAUUGCUUUCACUGAGAGAUAUUAGCACACUUCUAUUUAAUUGGAUGUCGACUAUCCUUUUCUGCAAGGAGGAUGCCCAUCCUCCAUUUUCCUCCUAUUUCUUCAUUCCUAAUGUGAUUAUAUUCUAGCUUUCGUCCAUAUGAAAGUUUUGAUCAGUUAUCUCUUUGGCACACCAUAGACAAAUUCUUAAUUGGGUACAAGAGUAAAGGCAGAAAGCUCAUAAGAUCUUCAAAAGAUUUCCCAUUCAAGGGGUAGUGUUGCAAUGUUGGCUUCUAAUGAAAUGAUGAAAUUCAAAUCUUACCAGAAUCGGGCUAAUUUAUUUGUGAAGGAAUAUUUGUUAGCAGACCCUCUGAUUCCAUACACUUCUAUUAUCGGUGGCGUUUUUGCUUGCAAGAUGGUCUAUGAUCUGACUCAGCUGUUUAGCACUGUUCACUUUAAGAGCUAUUCCAGUCUCACUAGAAUCCAACGCGUUGAGUGGAAUAAUCGUUCUAUGUCAACAAUUCAUGCUAUUUUCGUAACAACUAUGUCAUUAUACUUCGUGUUUUGCUCCAAUCUAUUUUCUGACGACGAGUUUUCUGAACUUGUUACAUUACGAAGCUCUUCAUUGUCUACAUUUGCUCUGGGGGUAUCUGUUGGUUACUUCAUCGCUGACCUUGGGAUGAUAUUUUGGUUUUUUCCUUCUCUUGGUGGAUAUGAGUAUGUGAUUCAUCAUUUGCUUUCUUUAGUAGCAGUAGCCUAUUCAAUGUUGAGUGGAGAGGGUCAGCUAUACACAUACAUGGUCCUGAUCUCUGAGACAACAACUCCUGGGAUAAAUUUGAGAUGGUAUCUUGAUGCAGCUGGAAUGAAGAAGUCGAAAGCUUAUAUCAUCAACGGAGUUGUAAUAUUCAUUGCUUGGAUGGUUGCCAGAAUACUUUUGUUCGUAUACAUGUUUUACCAUGUCUACUUGCACUUCGAUCAGGUUGAGCAGAUGCAGUCGUUUGGACAAGUGUUAGUUAUUGUUGUGCCGCUGGUGCUAUCAAUUAUGAACUUGGUUUGGUUUUCAAAAAUUAUUAAAGGAUUGAGAAAGACUUUGGCAAAGAGACAGUGAAUGUUUGUACUUAGUGAUAUUUUAGGAAAAUGAAUACAUGUCAAUGAUGUGUAGUGAAAGAUGUAAGAGAACAGAAACAGUUGAAAGUGUUUGGGUCCCCUGUGAUCCGAACUUGUAUAAAUAUAAUCAUUCUGCCUUUUUUUCCCAAUUAAUGUACAUUUAUUGGUUUAAUUUUAA